AUGGCAGGUAUUCCUCCCCGCCCCCUUGGAUCCUUGUCCUGCACCCAGAAUCCAAUCCAACUGCCUCACCCGUGCCAGCAUUUCCAAGGCAUAUCUAACGUGUGAUUCUCCAAUGCUAUUUGGCUUGCUUUGGUGGCAUCAGAAGACAUUCCAUGGUUCAGUCACCAUUCUCUAGUGAUAAAUCAAGAAUGCAACUCAGCUUUCCCCCCAAUUUCCCCCCUCCCCCUCUGACUUCCCUCAACUUCCUCUUCUGGGUUUUUUUUUGGGGGGGGGGGGAAUAUAUCUUGUUGAUUUUCAUGAUCUGAUAUGUUGUAAUAUGAUAAAAAUGCAAAAUCCAAUUAUAUAUAUAUAAUUGGAUUUUAUAUAUAUAAUUUUAUAUAUAUAAAAUUGGAUUUUGCAUUUUUAUCAUAUUACAACAUAUCAGAUCAUGAAAAUCAACAAGAUAUAUAUAUGAAUGGAACUCAGCUGUGACUGUGAAAAGCCAACAACAUUAUUCUCAUGAGUCCAGAAGUGCACUAGCGCUACUUUGGAGGAGACUAGAGUGAAAAGUGAAAAGAGAUCAAUAGAUUUCCAUGUUUUCUCAAUUCUGUUUUUCUCCUGUCAGUCCAGCUCCACCCUUUCUUAAGAAACGUCCAGUUGUUUAACACCUCCAGGGGCGGAUUGUAUUCGGAUGAGAAUAGAGACUUGGCAGCUGACUAUGAUAUUGUGAACUGGGUGAUGUUUCCCAACAAGUCUCGUGGCAGAGUGAAAGUUGGGAGUGUAGAGAGACAGGCAGCCUCACAUUUAAAGCUCACCAUUAACCCAGAAGCAAUCGUGUGGCCCUUGCAGUUUAAAGAGGUAAAUGAAUUUUUUAUGUGCUUCUUUCCCGCUGAGAUUUAUUAAACCCAAAUUAUUUACAGGGUUUAUCUAUAUGAUACUGGAAAUUAUUUUAUUUAAUUCAUAUGCAGACUAUAAUCUAGGCCUCACCUGCUGCACCCAAAUUCGCACCAUAAACACUGUUGGGGAAAUUGAUUUGAAUUGGAAAAUUUAGUAAUUUCCCACCAAGCUGGAGCUCAAACUGCAUGCUGGAGUGGGGUUGGGUCCCAUACACUCUCCCCAAAAGCUUUAUAAAUACAUGAAAAUAAACUAGGGCAAAUAAUGUUUUUGUGUGUGAGCGAGCAGUAUAAUUCUAUAUGAUAUAAAUCUGCAAAAUCCCAGUGGCAUCCUGAUUUGAUUGGUGAUGAAAAAUGCUGCAACAAUAACUACUAACGUGCAUCCCUGACCAGCCUUGUUUAACUUUUUUAAUGAAAAGUUUCCAUGCUCCGACAUCCAGACAUUUGUCUGCAUAAAGUCAUCAGUCACCCUCUGGCUCUGUGCCCUAGACCCAGUGCCAAUAAAAACUGCACAUAAUCCCUUUUCUUAACACCUGUUUCCUGUCCUGGUUUAUCAUCAGGCCUGUGAUAUUUCCUCUGUCUGCCAUUGCUAGGGCAGCAAAAGUUGUUUCUAAACUAGAUACUUAUGCAUCAGCAGUAUUUACCUAUAAAGGGGGCGGGGUUAAGGUCCUUCCACACCUCAUGACUCAAUUCCACAUCUCUAACCAUUUCCCCUUGAUGCUCCUUCACUCUAUUGUCAGAUUGUGCCUUGCGCCAGGUGUACUGAAAGCUGUCGCCCUGGAUAUUCCAAGGUAGUUCAAGAAGGACAAGCGGUUUGCUGCUAUGCUUGUGCACUGUGUGCUGAAGGGACCAUAUCCACUCAGGAAGGUGCGUGA